AAAAAAACAAACGUGAGCUGAUGUCUCGAUCCGCAAAAAAACAUUUAUCAAACAAGAUGUCAAAUUUAUGAGAAAACCAUUAACUGCUUCCUGUUUUGAUGACGAUGGAGAUGGAGGCAAAGAAGUAAAAGAAAAGGAAGAAAGAAAAGAAACUCGCAUAUAGAAAAGCUCAGCUCAUGGCUGUCAGCAUCAAGCCCUUGCACUGACGCGUCUAAGGCAUCCUCACCACCCUGGAAACGUUUACACUUGAAAUACCCAUUGCUGUCUCUUCCUCCUUCUUCCUCGGUCCCACCCCACCCCCCUGUUCUUCCCCCUAAAUCACUCCACCGCCUCUUCAUUUAAUCCCUUCCAUUUUCCGGCCACUUUCUUGAAAAUCCCGAUGUCUGAAAUGGCGGCCACGGCGGCUGGCGCUGCAAUCUGGUCGGGUCAACCCAUUCAACCGUCAGCUCCCCUUUAUCAGAUUUGAUUUUCGUUUUCUGAAAAAGACCAUUUUUUGGGUGUUGUUAUUGGGUUCUGGUAAGAUUUCUUUCUUUCCCAUACAAUGGAGGAGGAGAAAGUGGCGAUAACGAGGAAGCUGAUUGAAGUGGUGAACGAAAUAGCGGCCAUUUCUGACUUCAGGUCCGUGGUGAAGAAGCAGUAUUUCACUCUGGCCAGGCGGCUGAAGCUUCUUACUCCGAUGUUUGAAGAGAUUCGCGAUAGCAAAGAGGCGGUCCCUGAAGCCUCGUUGAAUGCGCUGGUAUCCUUGAAGGCUGCUCUGGACUCAGCUAAGAAUUUGCUCAAAUUUGGUGGGGAGGGCAGCAAAAUUUUCCUGGUUUUAGAAAGGGAUCAAAUUUUGAAUAAUUUUCACGAAGUGACCACUCAACUGGAACAAGCAUUGAGUGAGAUUUCUUUUGAAAACCUUGACUUAUCAGAUGAAGUUAAAGAACAGGUUGAGCUUGUUCUUUCUCAGUUCAAAAGGGCCAAAGUGAAGGCAGAUACACUUGAUGAUGACAUAUAUGAGGAUUUGUUAUCCCUUUACAACAGUAGUGAGACUUCUAUAGAUCCAGCUUUGUUGAGGAGACUGGUAGAUAAGUUACAACUAGCCGGAAUAAAUGAUCUUACACAAGAAUCUCUAGCUUUGCAUGAGAUGGUUACUUCUACAGGUGGGGAUCCAGAAGAGACCAUAGAGAAGAUGUCAAUGCUGUUAAAGAAGAUUAAAGACUUUGUGCAGACUGAAAAUGUCAACAUUAAUUCUUCCUCCGCCAUUGAGAAGUCUUCAUGUUUAGGAGAGACAUCCACAGAGGAGAGUGGAAAGACAACCCCAGUAAUACCAGAUGAUUUCCGCUGUCCUAUAUCUCUGGAGCUUAUGAAUGACCCUGUCAUUGUUUCAACUGGACAGACCUAUGAACGUUCAUGCAUUGAGAAAUGGAUAGAAGCAGGACACACCAGCUGCCCAAAGACACAACAGCCCCUAACUCACAACAUCCUCACCCCCAACUACGUCUUACGCAGUCUUAUAACACAAUGGUGCGAGUCAAACGGGAUUGAACCGCCUAAACGACCUGGCACAUCCCGGUCCCGCCAAAAUAAAUCCUCCUCCUCGCCCGUUGAAGACUGCAAGAUAGGAACUCUGAUAUCCAAACUCAGAUCAGGCAACCCGGAAGACCAACGGACAGCCGCUGGCGAGAUCCGUCUCCUUGCCAAACGAAACGCUGACAACCGUAUAGCGAUAGCAGAAGCCGGGGCUAUACCAUUGUUGGUCAACCUUUUAUCCAAACCCGAUUCCCGAACCCAAGAGCAUGCAGUCACAGCCUUACUUAACCUCUCCAUAUGCGAAGACAACAAAGGAGCGAUUAUAUGUGCAAAUGCGGUCCCUGGCAUCGUCUAUGUCCUCAAGAAAGCAGGCAUGGAGGCAAGAGAAAAUGCGGCAGCCACUUUAUUUAGUCUCUCUGUUGUGGAUGAAAAUAAGAUCAUAAUUGGUGCUUCGGGAGCUAUUCCUCCUCUAGUGGCUUUGUUAAAUGAGGGUAGCCAAAGAGGGAAGAAAGAUGCCGCCACUGCGCUCUUCAACCUGUGCAUAUAUCAAGGCAACAAAGGGAAGGCAGUUCGAGCAGGGGUGGUGGCCAUAUUAAUGCAAUUGUUGACCGAACCACAAGGGAGUAUGGUAGAUGAGGCGUUAGCCAUACUCGCUAUAUUAGCUAGUCAUCCCGAAGGGAAGUUAGCCAUUGGGACCGCGAAAGCUAUGCCGGUCUUAGUAUCCUUCGUAGCAAGUGGGUCCCCUCGAAACAAAGAGAAUGCUGCUGCGGUCUUGGGUCACUUAUGCUCGGCUGACCAGAAUGUGGUCAUAGCUCAGGAACUGGGUGUUAUGGAACCUUUGCUUGAUUUAGCACAGAACGGAACGGAGAGAGGGCGCCGAAAGGCUGCCCAGUUGCUUGAGAAAAUUAACAGGUAUGUUGAACAACAGAAGCAGGCCAGUCAGGUGACCAAAGAUCAAACAACUGAUAACCAGUCACAACCAGACACAUCUGUGGAUUGUUGAUUCGAGUUUUUUUUGGUUUAGUGCGUGGUUGUUUUCAAAACAUUUCGAUAGGGUGUAGGUGGAAGAUCACCUCAUCUUUUAUAUAUGUCUUACAUAUAUUUGUUCUUUAUCCUAUCAAAUGGGUCAAGAUGCAUGUAUACAUACAACAUCCUUUGGCAAAACUAAGGCUGAUUUGGUGAACAAGAACUGAAAAGGAAAACUCUGAAUUCCCCUCUCCUUCACUUUUUAAUGAAGGAGAAUGUGUCAUGUGUCAACCUUAAUUUAACAGUAGCUCACUUAUUUUACAAGAGAGAGAUGGUGUUUUUAGAUUUGAGUUCCAUUCAGACUCUAAUUUCUUUUGAGAAGGACAAGUAAUCCCAUAUGGUGGUUUGGUUUGUAUUCUAAUGUUUGGUCUAUAUUUAUCUGUCUCAACACUUGCGAAUUUUGCUACAAAUUUUGUAGACUUCUUUUGGGA